AUAGUCAAAGGAACACCACUUGGAAUCUUAUUCAAGUAAAUACAAAUCGGGACUGAAAAUUGAUUUCUAGGGUGCUGAAAAUGUUGUUUAAAUUACUUUUUGUAUUCUCCCUCCUAUUUAUUCACAAUAUUGUCUCACAAUUGAACAUUUUGGAGAAGGAAAAAUGCUUCACGCCAUUAAAAAGACCCGGAAACUGCAUCGGAAUACUAAAAUGCAAGCCUUUGAUAGAUCUCUUGAGAUCAUUAAAACAAAAAUCAGUGGUAGAAAAUUCUCCCGAAUUGCAGUUGUUACAAAAAUCAAAUUGUGGCUUCGAGGGAAAGACCCCUAAAGUUUGUUGCGAACAGAUCCAACAGAUAGCAGCAUCGAAAUUAAAUUUAUAUCCGCCCCCACCUGACGUGACAAAUCACAAAAAUCUGCAUUUGCUGGAUCACAAUUUAUGCGGACCAGUCAGUGAACCAAAAGUGUUUGGAGGAAAUAAAACUGGAGUUUUGGAAUUUCCAUGGAUGGCAUUGCUUGGAUACAAAUUAAGCGGUGAUUAUUUUGGAUUCCAAUGCGGCGGAACAAUAAUUUCGAAGCGGUAUAUUCUUACUGCUGCUCAUUGUGUAACAGAACUUCCUGAAAAUGUAACUUUAACGAAAAUCAGGGUGGGAGAGCAUGAUCUCAGUACAGAACGUGAUUGUGACAAGGAUGUAGAUAAUCUUCAGUUGGUGUGUGCAGAAAAGUAUCAAGAAUUUGGAAUUGAGAAAAUCCAUUCUCAUUUUGAAUACUCAAGAAUGAAAUAUGAUAAUGACAUUGCGUUACUAAAACUGGAUAAAGAUAUUGAUUUUGGACCUCACAAUAUUAAACCGAUCUGUUUACCUAUUGGAGACGCGUCAACUAUAAUUCAAAAGAAGAUGACAUUAACUGGAUGGGGUGCAACAGAAAUGGGCAUGCGAAGUCAGGAUCUGCUUCUGGUUCACCUUUUACCAAUUUCAAUUGAAGAAUGUGCAAAAAUUUACGGACCUCUUGAUAUAGGAUACAAGCAAAUUUGCGCAGGUGGUGAAAAGGGUCACGACUCUUGCUCAGGUGACAGUGGAGGUCCUCUCCAAAGUCCUGGAAUUUACAAAAAUGACAUGAGAUUUAUUCAAUAUGGAGUCGUCAGUUUUGGGCUUGGAAAUUGCGGUUCUCGAGGAGUGCCUAGUGUCUAUACGAGAGUUUCUUAUUUCAUGGAUUGGAUUCUAGACACCAUGGAAACAGUGCCAGCACCGGUCGGAAUUGAGAGUUACUCCGAGUUGGAAGCCUGGAGUCCAACAUUCGUUGUUUCUCCAAGUUCCAACACUGGUGCCCCCAUGCUUUCAGUGAGAGACAGUGGGACCACUAAUCCGAUAGUGCUGCCAUGGCGCAUGGGGCUGCUUCAUUUGAUGAACAGUAGAGGAAAACAGGGUUAUAUCUUUCAUUCAGAACCGAUCAUCUAUCCCGCAGAAGAAUCCUGCCGAACGCCAUCAGGAAAAUCUGGAACCUGCCACAAUUUAAAAAAUUGUCCAACUUUGUUGGAAAUUCUAAGCCGAGAUAAGCCUAUUCCAGAAUCUUCAUUAGAUUUAUUACGAAAAUCACACUGUGGUUUUGAAGGAAAGGAUCCAAAAGUCUGUUGUGAAGACAAGGUGACAGCAACAGUAUCACCAUUCACAGAACCAACAACAUCAGAGCCAAAGGCACCAACUUUUGUGCCAAAUCCACCAGAUGUUAAAAAUCACAGGAAUCUAAGAUUGUUGGAUCUAGAAAUAUGCGGCCCAAUUACUGAACAAAAAAUAUUUGGUGGUAACAAAACAGGAGUCUUGGACUUUCCAUGGAUGGCUUUACUUGCUUAUAGAAUUGAUUCAAGCAACACUGAAUUUCGUUGUGGGGGUUCAGUAAUAAACAAACGAUAUAUUUUAACAGCAGCUCACUGUGUAUCAGAUCUUCCUGAUUCUUUAACUUUAAUCGGGGCAAGAAUAGGUGAUCAUGAUAUUAGUAAGGAGCGAGAUUGUGACGUGGAUAAAAAUGGCCUUGAAAUAGUUUGCGCAGAGCAGUAUCAAGAUUUCGGCAUUGAAAGUACCUACCGCCAUUCUCAAUAUUCAAGGGCAAAAUUACAAAAUGACAUUGCUUUAAUAAGACUGAAUAAUGAUAUCGACUUCCGACCUGCAAAUGCCAAACCAAUUUGUUUACCUAUCAGUCCGGCUACAAAAAUAACAACCAAAAAGGUCAUAGUAACCGGAUGGGGAAUAACGGAAAAUACAGCUCGAAGUGAUGCUCUGCUUCAAGUGAAGUUGAGUCAAGUGCCAAAUGAAAAAUGUGCAGAAGCUUACAAAAAUUUUGCAACUAUAGGUAACAAGCAAAUGUGCGCAGGUGGAAAAGAUGGAAUGGAUUCUUGUCUUGGAGAUAGUGGAGGUCCUCUUCAAGCACUAACAUUGUACAACGAAAGAGAUGCAAGAUUCGUACAAUUUGGCAUUGUUAGUUUUGGACUGAAAAGUUGUGGUACCGAAGGUUUUCCUGGUGUUUACACGCGAGUAGCUUAUUUCAUGGACUGGAUAUUAGACACCAUGAAAGACUGAUUUUUUUUAACUUCGACAUACUUGCCAUAACGAUUUUCAAUCAUUUUUGUUUGUUAAAGAAGGAAAAUCGAAAAUUAAAUUUAUAGUGUGGUAUGUAUUCUAUUUAAGUGAUUGCACAUUUCCUUGCAUUAUUUUAUGAAAGUAAAUUAUUUACUAAUAACUAUUC